UUUUUUUUUUUCAAUUUUCUUUUUUUUCUUUUUUUUUUCUUUACUUUCCCUUUUUCUCUCAACUGACACACUCACUUUUUUUUAUUAUCUACAUAUCAUCUUUUUUAGAACAAAAAUAAUAAACAAUGGCUAUGAAACGUAUUACGAAGGAAUUGAAAGAUCUCGAACGUGAUCCUCCUUCAUCUUGCUCUGCUGGUCCUAUUGGUGAUGAUAUGUUCCAUUGGCAAGCUACUAUUAUUGGUCCUGAAGAUAGUCCUUAUCAAGGUGGUGUGUUCUUUUUAUCCAUUCACUUCCCUACUGAUUAUCCUUUCAAGCCUCCUAAGAUUAACUUUACUACCAAGAUUUACCAUCCCAAUAUCAAUAGCAACGGCAGCAUUUGUCUCGAUAUCUUGAAAGAUCAAUGGUCUCCAGCUCUUACUAUUUCCAAGGUUCUAUUGUCUGUUUGUUCUCUACUCACUGAUCCUAACCCUGAUGACCCACUCGUACCUGAACUCGCUCAUAUUUACAAGACCGACCGUGCUCGUUAUGAAUCUACUGCUAGGGAUUGGACUAGAAAAUAUGCCAUGUAGUCGGAUAGUUUUAGUUUAGUGGAUAGUAUUUGGAUGUAGCAAAGUUGAUUUUUUUAUGCCAUAUUUGACAAAAAAAAAAUAUAUACAAUUUACAAAAAACAAAUAAAAAAGCUCAAAAGAAAUUGUCCAUCCAAU